AGGCGGGGCCAGGCAAGCCCGGCUGCUAGCGCGGUCAGGGCUUCCCAGAGGGUUCCGCGAAGGGUCGGGUGCCGUGCGGGUCCGCGUGCGGGGCGGCUCUCGGCGGGCGCGGCGGCGGCCGGCGGCAGGAUACUUGCUGGAGCAGGACUUCCCAGGCAUGAGGAUUGGUCCAGAGCCCACCACUGAUUCCUUUAUUGCCGUAAUGUAUGGAGAGACGGAGGGCAGCACGCCUGGAAAUGCUUUAGUCGUGGACCCCAAAAAGCCGUUCCGAAAGCUUAGUCGUUUUGGAAAUGCUUUUCUGAAUCGGUUCAUGUGCUCCCAGCUGCCCAAUCAGGUCCUGAAGAGCAUCAGCAUCAUCGACAGCCCUGGCAUCCUGUCUGGGGAGAAGCAGCGCAUCAGCCGCGGGUAUGACUUCUGCCAGGUACUGCAGUGGUUUGCUGAGCGGGUCGACAGGAUCAUCCUGCUCUUCGAUGCUCACAAACUGGACAUCUCGGAUGAGUUCUCAGAGGCCAUCAAGGCUUUCCGGGGCCAGGAUGAUAAGAUCCGCGUGGUGCUGAACAAGGCCGACCAAGUGGACACACAGCAGCUGAUGCGGGUCUAUGGGGCCCUCAUGUGGUCCCUGGGCAAGGUCAUCAACACGCCCGAGGUGCUUCGGGUCUACAUCGGCUCCUUCUGGGCGCAGCCCCUGCAGAACACGGAUAACCGCCGGCUCUUCGAGGCUGAAGCCCAGGACCUCUUCAGAGACAUCCAGAGCCUCCCCCAGAAGGCCGCAGUGCGCAAGCUCAAUGACCUCAUCAAGCGAGCCAGGCUGGCCAAGGUACACGCCUACAUCAUCAGCCACCUGAAGAAGGAGAUGCCAAAUGUGUUUGGAAAGGAAAACAAGAAGCGAGAACUUAUCUUCAGGCUCCCAGAAAUCUACCUUCAGCUGCAGCGAGAAUACCAGAUUUCUGCAGGGGACUUCCCUGAGGUUAAGGCAAUGCAGGAGCAGCUUGAGAACUAUGACUUCUCCAAAUUUCACUCGCUGAAGCCCAAGCUGAUCGAGGCUGUGGACAACAUGCUGACCAGCAAGAUCUCAUCCCUCAUGAGCCUCAUCAGCCAGGAGGAGAUGAGCAUGCCCACGCAGAUGGUGCAUGGCGGCGCCUUCGAUGGCACCACCGAGGGCCCCUUCAACCAGGGCUAUGGGGAGGGGGCCAAGGAGGGCGCCGACGAGGAGGAGUGGGUCGUGGCCAAAGACAAACCUGUCUACGAUGAGCUCUUCUACACUCUGUCACCCAUCAAUGGCAAGAUCACGGGCGUCAAUGCCAAGAAGGAGAUGGUCACCUCCAAGCUGCCCAACAGUGUGCUCGGCAAAAUUUGGAAGCUGGCCGACUGUGACUGCGAUGGCAUGCUGGACGAGGAGGAGUUCGCGCUGGCCAAGCAUCUCAUCAAGAUCAAGCUUGAUGGCUAUGAGCUGCCCAACAGCCUUCCCCCCCACCUCGUGCCCCCCUCGCACAGGAAGUCCCUGCCGAAGGCUGAUUAGAAGCCACCACAGGACAGGGCGAGCAGGGCAGGGCAGGAGGAGGGAGCCGGGGGACCUGGGCCUAAGGCCUGCUCUGCCACUGACUGCUGAAUGGCCCUGGGCAAAGCACUGCCCUCUCUGUGCCUCAGUUUCCCCAUCUAUAGGAUGAGGAGGCCAGACACUGGACACCAGAUGAGAUCCUUUCACCUCUGAAAUUCCAAGUUUCUAUUAAAAUAUUAGGGGGAGGGGGAAUGGAUAAGGAGAUCAAAACUUUGAGAAGAAAGGGAAGUUAUCCAGAGUGCCCCGGAGCCUGGAGGAACACACGCGUGGGGCGGGCCUGGGGGACUCCAGGGCCUGGAGAGUGAGCCGGGGCCUCGCCUGGAGCAGAUGAGUCCGUGGGGCCACAGCGGCUUCUGUCAUCAUGAACAGUGUCUCAGCGUCUGUCCGUCCCUUAGAGGGCAAAGAUGAUCUUAUUUAUUUUGUUUAUUGUGUUCCCUGCUAUAUUUAGAGGAGAGAAAAAAUAAAGCAGAAGGUUUCCACUC